GUACACUGUUUCCUCCGACCUCUUUACAUAUCAGACAUACUCUAGCAACUGCUCUCUCAGUCCCCAAACCUGGCAGAGAUAACUGGCACCAGGCCAGAAAAGUGUGACCGCCCUGCCCCAGACCGACAUGGUGGCCAGGGAACUUUACUACCUUAGGGAGAGCAGGGAGGUGGAUAUAUAAGACCAGGUAAAGACCGGGCCUAGUCACAGAGGAGCUUGAGAGAACCACCAGCGAACCAUGUGGAGCUUUGUCCUGCUAGCCUUUGUGACCUUGUUGCCAAGAACUGUGGAUGUGGAGACUGCGACUGUGACCUCCAACGUCACUGUGACUCCAGAUCAGACCCUUACAAACACGACCACACCUCCAACGAACCACUCCACACAGACCACCAGUGUCUCCUUUACCUCAGUCAACAGCACCACUCUCCAUCAAUCAACUGGAGUCACACCCGGCAGAAGCAACGCUACCACGGAAACCUUCAACAGCAGCGUGACUCAAUCCCCCAAUACAACCACAGCAGUUAUAGGAACUCCCACCAUCAGUACCAAUGCCACUCAAUCCACCACCACCACCACCACUGGCCACUCCAAUACCCCCUCCUCCCAAGCUUCCCUUUCCCCAAGCACUGGACUCGACCCGACGAUCAAAACAGAGGACCCUCCCUUUCUUACAACCCAGCCGUACACUGGGGGCAGCUGUGCCCUUCUGGGGUCCCUGUACCUCGUCUGGGCUCCUCUGCUCUCCGUCCUCCACCUGAUGCUGAUGUAGGAGAGACAACAAACUGGCUGUCCCGUCGGAGAGUACUGUUGAGUAGAAGUGUGUCAUUGCUUCUCAUUAUUAGUUUUUCCUUCUCCGUCCAACUGAUCAUCUUACCAUGUAGCCUACGUUCAUAACAUACCAAUGUUUGUGUCAACCUAUAUAUAUUUCUAAUGUAAAUGGACUAUGAGCAGCAAAUUGUUUAAUUUACCGUACAUAGUUAGUGUCUGAAUCAGCAGCUGCUGUAUGGAGUUUGAAAGAGCUAUGAAGUGCUUCUGGACUAAGACUUUCCCCACAGACAAAGAGAGUGCGGAGCUUCUUACCAUACAUAAAGAACUGGUUCUACUAAAGGAAAGACUCAACACAUUUAUUAUGUGCAAAUUCCCAUAAACAUAAACACACAAGCAACAAACUUGUUGAUGGGAAUGUAAGUCAAUUAGGUCAGUUUUAAUUUUAUGAUAUAUUUUUUUCUUCAUAAAACAUGAAGAUAAUUGUAUUCCUGAUAGAUCAAGUAUUGUAUUCCUAGUUUAUUCAAAUUGGUUUUAAAUAAUGUCUUAAACAUGUGAUACACCUUUCUGAUAGGAUCUUGUGUACACACCAAAACAAACACACACACACACACACACACACACACUGACACACUCUGCACACAGAAACCAGGAACAUUGUGACAAGGAGUGUCUUGACAUGACCAAACAACAUUGUGCAACUGAAUGUACAUCAUGUUUUAUCAGCUCUCAAAGCGUUGUUCAUAUCUAAAAGUCACAACUGGGCAUACUUUACAUAGAUGAUCAUGGCGAUUUGCAAUUGUAUGGGCAUAUGUAAAGCCCAUGGUGACAUUGCUUGUAAAUAUGGCUGUACAAAUUAAAUUUUAUUUGAUCUGA